CGCGGCUCGCGGCCCCGAGGCUUCCCCUUGAAGCAUGAGCCUCCUCUCCCGCAGUCACCCACGCUGCGCGGGCCGCGGGCCGUGCGCGCCGAGAUCCCGGCCGCGCAGCCUCAAGAUCCGCGGUGCCCGAAGCCCCGGCGCCCGCUGCAGUCGAUCCGUGGGUGACUACGUCUGUGCGACACUUUGCCAUCGGUCUUCUGGGACUUGGAAAGAAAGAACCGGCCGCUUCCCAUCACCUCCCCCUCCGCCACCAUUUCGGACACCCGGCAGGAACUCGUUUUGUGGUAUCCACUGAUUUCUGAGAAAGACGCGAGAUCUUGGAUUUCCCCACCCCAGCCCACCAAGCCCCGCGACCACCUGUCCUUGACGCAGUGACCCUUCUCCCAUGACCCUGCGGUGCCUGGAGCCCUCCGGGAAUGGCGCGGAGCGAACGCGGAGCCAGUGGGGGACCGCCGGUUCCGCGGAGGAGCCGUCCCCGGAGGCGGCGCGCCUGGCCAAGGCCCUGCGCGAGCUCGGACAGACAGGAUGGUACUGGGGAAGUAUGACUGUUAAUGAAGCUAAAGAAAAAUUAAAAGAGGCGCCCGAAGGAACUUUCUUGAUUAGAGAUAGUUCACACUCAGACUACCUACUAACAAUAUCUGUUAAGACGUCAGCUGGACCGACUAAUCUGCGCAUUGAGUACCAGGAUGGGAAGUUCAGAUUGGAUUCUAUCAUAUGUGUCAAGUCCAAGCUGAAGCAGUUUGACAGUGUGGUUCAUCUGAUUGACUACUAUGUUCAGAUGUGCAAGGAUAAGCGGACGGGCCCUGAAGCCCCCCGGAAUGGGACUGUUCACCUCUAUCUGACCAAACCACUCUAUACGUCAGCACCUUCUCUGCAGCAUUUCUGUCGACUCACCAUUAACAAAUGUACCGGUACCAUCUGGGGACUGCCUUUACCAACAAGACUAAAAGAUUACUUGGAAGAAUAUAAAUUCCAGGUAUAAAUGUAUCUCUCUCUGUUUUUUUUUUUUAAACAAUGCCUCAUAUAGAAUAUCUCUGAAUGCAGCUAUGUAAAAGAGAACCAAAACUGAGUGACUGCCCAGGCUGGAUAACUGCGCAGGAUUCGUUCUCAGAACAGCUGGACCCACUCUAACGUAAAGGUGUGAAGAGGUAGCUAGGUAUUAUAAAGUUCCCCUAGAUAAGUUUCAGCUGAGUGAUGCUUCCUUUCCUAUGCCUGACCAAGUCCAGGCAAUCCUUUUAAAUUAAAAAAAUAAAAUAUCCCAAGUCAAGAGGAGGGAGCCUUGCUAUCAGAAUGCCUUGCCUUUCUGAAUUUCCUUUGCAUUGGGUCAAAGGUCCAAGGUCUCUAGAAGAGAAAGGUUCCACUCUCAGUACUGAAGAACGGCAGGAACCAGACUGGCCCAGGCUCAACUCCACCUUUAUAUAUGCCUGGAGAUCAGUCUGUUUUAGGACAUUUUAUAUAUUUGCGUUUUGAUGUAUUUAGGAGUUUUGUUAAACAGACCAUGCUUGUAUUUAUCCCUACUUUAUGCAAUUAACCUAAUCCAAAAAAAAAGGUAACCAUGAAAUCCUGUAUUUGUCUUUUCACUACAUGUAUAAACUCUCCUGUGAAUGAGUACUGUAGUAAUCCACUUCAAGGGAGCCUUACUUCAGAAACAUUUCAAACUGGUGCAAAUGGAAAAGAAACUCUUUUCCCUUAAGGCUAAUUAAAGACAAGAAUGUCAUGCUACACAGGUGCAAUUCAAUUCUUGAUAAUAAAACCAAUGUAGAUAAUAGACACUUGAUUCUUGGAAGUAGCGUGUCCCAACCUGUUGCCACUGGUGUUUGGCAAUAGCUUUAGAAAUUUUCAAGUUGUCCUUGAAUUAUCUCACCGUGGACAUCAGCAGUUCUCUCCCUUCUACCGUGUAGAAUACUUGUACUUAAUUUUCUUCCAAAUAUAGGGGGAUACUUGCCUGUUUUUUUCAAAGUGUUUAUUUACUGCUGUUACUAUUUGAUUAGAAUGUAUUAAAUAAAAACAACCCUGACUUUUGCAA